AUGGAGUCAUUCUUCAGCCGUAUAUGGAGUGUUAUGGCACCUGAACGAGUGAGGUUUUUUCUUUGGCUAGUAGGGAAGCAAUGCGUCAUGACGAAUGCAGAAAGGAAGAGGAGACAUCUCUGUGACUCGGAUAUUUGUCCCGUGUGUAAAGGUGGAGUGGAAACGCUCAUACAUAUCAUUAGAGACUGCCCUGCCAUGCAAGGUAUCUGGACCAGACUUGUCCCAGCCAGGAAGCAACAUGAGUUUUUCAUGAAGCCGCUCCUGCCAUGGUUAUAUGAGAAUCUGGGAGAGGACGGUGUAACGUUUGGAGUGCCGUGGUCUACUCUGUUUGGGAUGUCUAUUUGGUGGGGUUGGAAGUGGAGAUGCGGGAACCUUUUUGGAGAGAAUGGGAAGUGCCGGGAUCGGGUGCGCUUUCUCAAGGACCUCGCGAAAGAAGUGCUUACAGUCUCUGAAGCGUGUCUGACACAGAACCCGAAACCGUUACGGGAGGAACGAAUGAUCAGGUGGAUACAGCCGCAAACAGGGUGGGUUAAACUAAAUACGGAUGGAGCUUCCCGCGGAAACCCAGGGUCUGCUGCUGCAGAUGGGGUGCUUCGGAAUAACUAUGGAGAAUGGUGUGGUGGCUUUGCGCUACAUAUCGGGAGAUGCACAGCGCCGGUAGCGGAGUUGUGGGGCGUUUAUUAUGGAUUGUGCUUUGCUUGGGACAGAAAGAUUGUGAAGCUCGAAGUGGAAAUUGAUUCUGAGCUGGUGGUGGGUUUUCUUACGACAGGGAUUGGUAGUUCACAUCCGCUGUCCUUCCUGGUGCAUCUGUGCCAUGGCUUCAUCAAAAGGGACUGGGAAGUCCGCAUAUCUCACGUGUAUAGGGAGGCUAAUCAUCUGGCUGACGGAUUAGCAAACUAUGCUUUUACUCUUGCUCUAGGUUUGCAUAGCUUCGUAGAAGCCCCAAGAGAUGUUAUUUCUAUUUUACAAGAUGAUGUACUUGGAUCUGCGUAUCCAAGGAAUGUUUGCAUUUCUUAA